AUGAAUAAGUGGUCAACAUCAUUACCAUCGAUUAUCUCAUUAUGUAAUGAUGUGGAAUUUCAAUUUGAUCCUAUGUUUAUGCAACAAACAGGAACAGGAACUACAACAUCAACGUCAUCAUCAAAUAAAAAUUUACUUAGUAGUGCUAGUGGUUCUCUUAGUGAUUUAUCAAUACUUAUUCAAUCUCAACCAUCAUAUAUCAACUAUGAUGAAUAUUUAAAUAAUUAUACUCAACCGUCCAAACUACCUAUUUCGUUAUAUAACACUUCUAUCGAGCAUGAGACAACAAUACAAACAGAUAUAUCACCACAUGAACAGUUUGUAACCGAUGAUGAAUUACUUCAAUCACUGGUUGCUUAUGCCGACAGUUUUAAUUUGGGUUCUUAUAAUUAUUCAACUCAAAAGAAAAGGCCACAAUCAACAACAACAGCAAUAGCGCCAAUUCCAACAAUACAAAAACCUCCAACUCCAAAAAUACAAAACAUGACAAUUCCAAAAAUACAAACAACACCAAUUCCAUCAGUGCAAGCAACAGUAAGACGUAGAACACAAUCGUCAACGGCUCAUUUAACAUCUACGAUUGAAAAUGAUACACUAACACGACACAAAAGUUGUGACGAUAUAUCAAUGGCAUGUUCUAUAACAAGUACUAGUAAACCAAUAACUGUUAUACCACGAGAAGAACUUAUGAUGAAAAAAAAUUUCCCAAAAUUUGUACCAUCUGAAUCUCAUCCACAAUUCUUUUUUGCUACAACAACAGAUGAAAAUAAUAAUAAUUAUAAUAAUGAUAAUAAUAAUUAUAAUUAUAAUAAUGAUAAUAAUAAUAAUAAUAAUUAUAAUAAUAAUAAUAAUACUUUUGAUAGAUAUCAUGAAGAAAAGGCAAUCGAAGAUGGUGCCACAACAACCGAUAUUUCAAAAUUUGAGUGGGGAUUUUCAUCAGAUACAAUGAACGAAUUAAAUAAACCAUCAAGUGAACCAUUUCAUAAUUAUGAAGCAACAACUAAUAUUGGUGAUAUUAAUUUAAAUUAUUUAAAAGAUCUUGAACGUUCUUCUUUCAUGGCUGCUUCAAUGGAUUUUACUCAUGAAUUUCCUACACCAAUUCCACCACCACCACCCGUUAUAAUACGAAAAAAAAGUAAAGAUAUUAUAUUAAAACAACAAGUUGAUAUACAAUUACUUCGUCCACCAACUCCUCCACCACUAGCUCCAAUUAUUAUUCGAGAAGUUCGUCAUAAACCUCCUCUGCCACCUAAACCAAUAAAAAUUCAUCAAAAAUUAGAAGAUACUGGUCAUAUUCAUUUAUCUAGAACACCAUCACCUAUAGUAAUUCGUGAACGUCCACCACUUCCACCAAAAAAGGAAUAUCUAUCCAAACCAACUAUUGUUUAUCGUCAUUUACCAACUCCACCACCUUCAUCACCUUCACCACCAACAGUGAUUGUUGAACGUCUUCGAUCACAUGUCUCAGCUGUUAUACAAAAACCAGCACCUAUUUUAGUUGAAAAAUGGUUACCAUAUCCACCUGAACAAAAGCGACAAAUAAUUUAUGAACGAGCAUCACCAUUACCAAUACGAAAUAAACGUCAGACUAAUGAACAAGCAAAACAAAUUAUUGUCGAAUAUGAUGAUGUUAAUGUUAUUGUUGAUAAAGAUAUAAAACAACGAUCAGAAAUAAAACGUGUUAGACCCGAUCAAUAUGUUCAACAAUAUGGAAGUUCAUUAUAUUCGAAUGAAACUCUUAAUCAAUUAUUAAAUGAUUUCACUUGUUCAUCGCAAGUAUGUCUUAAGGAUAAUCCCAUUCUUUUUUGA